AGGCGGCGGCGGCACCGCCCGCGGUGCCCCGGAAACAGCGCCCGGGCCCGGCAUGGCCGAGGAGGGGGAUGUGGCCGUGCUGGCCUGGAUGGACCAGGCGCUUGACGUGGCCAAAGAGGCGCUGGAGAAAGGGGAGGUUCCCGUGGGCUGCCUGCUGGUCUACAACGGCGAGGUCAUAGGCAGGGGCAGGAACGAGGUCAACGAGACGAAGAACGCUACUCGACAUGCAGAAAUGGUGGCAAUCGACCAGGUCCUUGACUGGUGCAAGCAACACAAGAGGGAUUACAGGGAAGUGUUUCCACAGUUGGUGUUGUAUGUAACUGUAGAGCCCUGUAUCAUGUGUGCAGCUGCCCUGCGCUUGAUGAAAAUUCCACGGGUUGUGUAUGGCUGUCGAAAUGAGCGAUUUGGAGGCUGUGGCUCCGUUUUGAGCAUCUCAUCUGAUGAUAUGGUGGACUCAGGAGACCCAUUUGAAUGCUCUUCUGGCUAUCGUGCUGAAGAAGCAGUGCAGUUGUUAAAAGCUUUCUACAGACAAGAAAAUCCCAAUGCACCAAAAUCAAAAGUACGGAAAAAGGAUCGUCGUCAGUAGCCCUACGCUGGUGGGACACAGAAACUUACCAAACAAUUAUAUGUGAAGGUUUCUUCAGCGUGCUGCUUUUUUAAAAUGCACAGUUCAAUCAAACUAUGUUUAAUAUUCUGUGCAGAGUUUUUACUAAUAGAAUACUUAGUACCUGUUCCUGCAUUUCUAUAUUUAUGGUUUCUUGUUAUCAUGACAAAAGAGUAAAUGGCUGAUUUUAGAAAGAGGGAAAUUGGUGGUUCAAGUCCACUUGGCUUGUUUACAAACAGAUCCAUUAAAAUGGUGCUUUUGUACAGCACAUUCUAGAUUUUUUUUUUCUUCUGUGUAUGGAGAAGCAUCUUGCUUUUCAAUAGCAAAUGUUUGCUUAGGCAAGCAAGUAACUCUCUUGGAAGGUUACAUUUUUAAGUCCUAUGCAAUCUGUGUGUGUAUAUUUAUUCAAAAGGCAUAUAAAGAAAUUUUACAGUCCUUGAAGACUUAGGACCAUUGCAAAUGUUUCCUCAUUUUUUCCUAUCUUAGCACAAGCCAGAUUAUUAGAGGUAGUUUCUGAAAGCUUCUUACCUGUGUAGACAGGGACAUAACACACAAUCACAUGUCUGGUUUUGUGUGCUGUUGCUUAAUCAGGAUAAGCAAAUAUCACUUGGCUGCACAACACCUUCAUACAAAGUUGUGGAGAAACUCUCCACGGCUCUCCUUGGACUGUCCACUCCUCUUGUGAAUAUCAGUGUAAGGAAUACUUUAUAACAAUCCACUAAGAAGUUGUUCUCAGCUCCUAAAUUACAGUAACCCAGAUGGGCAGAUGCAAGUGAAAACCAGGAAAUGAAGUUGGUAAUAAUAUGAAUAAAAUAUAUAAGAUAUUUA